AUGAAGAAACUUGAGCAUUUUUCAGUCCAGAAGGUUACAGGGGAUGGGCGGUGUCUAUUUCGCGCACUGGUCAAAGGAAUGGCUUACAAUAAGGGAACAGUUCUCAAUCAACGUGAGGAGAGAGAAAAUGCAGAAUUACAUUAUGUGAAACAGUUAGGAAUGGCUGUGAAAGAAGUUCUAUGUGAAAAUGAAGGUGAACGCAAUUUAUAUGAAGAAGCCCUGAUUGCAAUCACAGUUGAUGAGCCUCUAAAACGUUACUGCCAACGGAUUGUCCGACCUGAUUUCUGGGGAGGAGAAUCAGAGCUACUGGUACUCUCAAAGUUAUGUAAGCAGCCAAUCAUUGUGUACAUACCAGAGCAUGAGUUCUGUUCUGCGCUUGUAAAAAUAUUACCUGGGAGUGCUCAAUUUGUUGAAUAUGAUAGCAUAAUGACUGGAUAUAAUGCUACUUGUAGGAUAUAA